AUGAAGUACGCCCCCGGCUGUGUGUUUUUGUGGGUGCUUGUGUUGGCGAGCACCGCCUUGGCAAAUCUUGGUACACUGUCAUCUUCUAUAAGCUGUAAAAAUUGUGGCAACGAGAUGGACCGAUCUUUUGCCGGGAUGUGUCAAACUCAUCCGAAAUGUUCUGGAUGGAUAACUGAACAUCGUAGAUGUCGACGAGAGGCUAAAUGCACAUAUUAUAGAGUAAUGAAUUAUACUUGUAAUUGUGGUCAUGCGGAUAACGCUAUAUCAGAACAUCCUCACGGUGAGCAAGGUCUGGAGUUAUUCUGUGAUGAUCACAAAGACCAGGAAGAAAACGCAGCCCGUUACAAUGCCGAACAUAAUUCUUAA